UAGGGAAAGAUACAAAGAUGAAACGACGUUUCCGGGGUCCUGUAAUUAGAGUCGAAGACCCAUAAACAUACACAGCUCCAGUGGAAACUCGCUCGUUACACAGGAAACCAUGGCGUCUUCUAAAACCCACAGGGACAUGGUGAGGGCCUUCAAAACGGAGAUAGCUCAGGAGACGAAGAAGUACGACGUCCUACGGGACCUCGACAUCUUCGUGUUGGACAACUCGAUCCGGGAGAGCACCGUUGGCAAAUUGCAGGGACAGACCCCGGAGACCAAAUGGAAGAUCUACCGAGAGGUGAAGAAACUGGGAAUCAAGAAUAUCAUUGUGGCUUGCUUCGUGCACAUGACCAGUGGCGACGAAGUGUUCAUCCAGCAACUAUGCGAACGGGGCGAAGACCGCAGCGGCUUGUUCGCUCUUUGUGAAGUCACGGAAGGUACGAAAAACAAAAUCCCCGACACUGAGUCUGUUCCCACUGGCCUUUUGAAGAUGGCGGAGGUGGGUCUGUAUAACGUCAUCUUCGAGUUGGAUCUGAGUGACGUCACCUACGACUUCGACAGGUUCCCCAUUGACGACAUGUGCGCUUUGCUGGGAAAAUGGAUCGUCUGGUGCCACGACCGAUUGCACCCAAGGGUCAAGGUGUUGGUUAACUUCCGAGAUCUACCGGACGCCAUGUCCUACAAUCCAGAGAGGGUCUUUCGGACCGUGGAGUACCUGGCCCAGCUGCCGGAGUGGGUGCGGCCCUUCGGCCUCCUGUUCGAGGAGCCCAGGGGUACGUCGGUUCCAGAGGAGUGCGGCAUCUUCGCCAAGUACAUCCGCAAGGUCAUGAUGGACAACAAGUGGGAGGCCGACUUGCUGGUCCAUGUUCACGAGAAAUAUGGAUACUGCGACGCGACAGCGCUCCAGGUUCUGAUGAGCGGCGCUAACGGGAUCUGGGGUAGCAUCUGCACAGAGAACGCUAACAUGGGCAACGCCUCGUCCUGUGUCACGCUGACAAACCUGAUCCGCCUAGGCAACAAGAAGGUCCUAGACAGGUACAACUGCACAUACCUGCGGCAGGCCGCUAUCAACGUGACACGGAUUACUACGGGGCAAGACCCACCCACCAAGCAGCCCAUCUACGGCGCCAGGGCCGUGGAUGUCGUCUUCGAUCUGAACAACAACGAGUUCGAUCUGACCAGCUUCUUUGGGGAGCAUGGUCCCGUACGCAUCACUGCACUCACGCCUGAAGAGGCCAUACGCAGUCGACUGAUCGGCCUAUAUGGUGCCAACCCGGAGUUCACCAUCGAACGCGUUUACAUGAUGAAGAAAUACAUGUUGGAAGAUCUCAAUAGGGAGGAGGAGUGUAUGAGCGAGGCUGGCCUGGCUAUGCUCUUCGACCGCAGUGGUGGCGCCCUCACCCCGGCCAUGAAAGCUGCCGUAGCCAAGAUGGAGGCGAACGAGCCCAACGCAAACAACCUCAUCGCUGACGUCAAGAUCACGUGGGACUCCUGGCACAUCAAGAGCAAGGUGCAAGAGGACAACAUGUUGGAUAUCUACGCCUUCUACAACGGCUUCAUGGCGCCUUACUUCGCCAGCUACAAGUUCUCCGAUACCAGGCGGGGUCUGUGGGCUAUCGGCAUGGACGCGGAAGGCCAGGUGGACUGGAAGGACUUCCUGCUCUACCUCAAGUGGGCCGUCCGUGAGUACCCGAUGAUCAAGAACGAAAAGAAGCUGCUGGAUGUGGCCUUCCGGAAGGGAAUCCUCCCGGCCGUGCGAUACGAGAUCCUGCAACGAGAAAACACGAUGUAGGUCGAGACCCAGCAGGGAGCUUGCCGUCUCCGCUUGCGCUUUGAUUCAUUUGACAAUCACUGCGGAUGGAACGGAUGGUUAAUAGAGAUGAGAUAAGACGAACAGUCGGGUUAAAGAUUGACACAGUCGCUGGUUUGCAUUGGCCUAUCCAGAGCCCCCAUUGUUAUUUCUUUAUGCCUCAUCCGAUUUUCUUAGAAUUUAGCUAAAAUGAUGAUCGGGCGGUACUCUAUGUCUUCGUUUAGUUUUUCUUGAGCCAACACAAGAGGGCGAUUGAUAAUUUUUUUUUUUUUUUUUUUUUUUUUGGGAAACGCAGUCCAAAACCUGUCUUAAAACUAGUUAAGAACACAUUUCGUCUUGAGCCAGUGUAGGGGGAAAAUGCGGAGGCAGAACAGGGCUGUGGGUGGUAUCAUUCUCAAGUAAGGGCGCCCUUUAAAGCCGUUGAGCAAAACGGCUUGAAUGGGUGUUUUUUAAGUUACAAUUUUUGUUUUAUGGGAAUGACCCCCGGCUCCAAAGGGAAAAGGGAUAUUUAUAUUUGUAAAUCUGGGGUUAACGCCCAUGGUUAUAAUUCAUUUUGCUGAUUUUGUUCUCUUGUUUUUGGGGGAUGGGGGAUUUGUUAGAGUAUUUCAGAGCUAAAUUUGUGAAUAAUAGCAUUGCUAUUACUUAAAAUAGGUAAGUGGUUGUAAGGUAACUUUCUGCUUAAAGUUAGAGUAAUGUGGUAUUAACAUCUAAGUCAUUAUGCAUAAUGUGAGCGAAAAAACUAAUUGUGUUAAAAGUGAAAAAUCUAUUCCGAAUGAAUAUCAUCGUAAAAAUACUCUAUGGUUCAAACGAUAAAUCAGAAUUUACUGAUUAAAUUUAAUUGAAAUUCUGUUCGAUAGUUCUUCAUGAUGUAUCACAUUCAGGAGUAUAUUUCCAUGGGAAUUCGUCCAACAAGAACGAAAAUGAGAUCGAAACAAUUUAGUGUUUAAACGUGAAAA